AUGGUCCUUCUUAAACGACGGUCAACGUUUGUCUCUUUCACCUCUCUUCUUUCGGUCGAGUAUGCCAAAGUUGUCCGUAGCUGUCUUUUCAAGAGUCACCGUUAUUCAUUCUCUACAAAGCCAACAACAACAACAACAACAACAGUAGUCAACAGGCCUCCUAAGUAUGAUCUCACCAGCGAUACAGCCACGCAACCGACAGACGAAAUGUUUGACAUAAUGAAAGCUGCAAGUCGUGGUGAUGAUGUGUUUGAGGAUGACACUUCGGUCAGAGAACUCGAAUUCUACGUAGCCAAGCUACUUGGAAAAGAAGCCGCUUUGUUUUGUGCAAGUGGCACCAUGACCAACCAGCUCGGCCUUCGUCUUUUAUUAACACAGCCGCCCCAUUCGGUAUUGUGUGAUGCUCGAUCUCACGUUUAUCUGUACGAAUGCGGCGGCAUUGCUUACCACUCUCAAGCCAGUGUAUCGCCCGUCAUGCCAAAAAAUAACCAUCAUUUAACCGUCAACGAUAUUGCCUCCAAUUUACUCACGGAUCCAUCGCACAUGCCCGUUACCAAGGUCAUCUCGUUAGAAAACACUCUCAAUGGCACCAUCAUGCCUUUAAAUGAAAUAAAACGUAUCUAUGCAUUUGCUCAGCAACACCAGUUAAAAUUGCACCUGGAUGGCGCUCGUUUAUGGAAUGCUAGCCAGGAAACCGGCAUUCCAUUGCAUGAAUAUGGACAGUACUUUGAUACCAUUUCCCUUUGCUUGUCCAAGGGUGUGGGAGCCCCGAUAGGGUCGAUCUUGGUCAGUUCGAAAGCAAACAUCGCUCGAGCUCGUCAUUUACGAAAAAUGUUGGGUGGGGGCUGGCGGCAAGCAGGUUGCUUAGCGAGUGCAGCCCUUCAUUGUAUACAACAUGUAGUUCCUACCAUGAAAGAGACGCAUCAAUUGACAAGAAGGUUAGCGAACGUUCUUGUAAAGCAAUUAGGGAUGCAGCUGAGCGUCCCCUGUGAGACAAACAUGAUAUGGCUGAAUGCAUCAGGGACGACGUCUACAGCAGAUUCGUCUUCCGUUUGUAUCACACUGGACGAACUAGCCCGGGAAUUGGAGAAGAAAAGUAUUCGUAUUCCUAACUGCGGCGACAAUACGACUGAAACCAGGUUGGUCUUACAUUAUCAAAUUACUCAAUCAGUAGUAGACGCAAUUGUUCAAGCAACGUCAGACCUAAUGGAAAGAAAGAAGGGUGUCAUCAAAGGAGCAAUAAUCUUCGUGGCAAAAGAUAGAGACAUCGACACCGCAAUUGGGACAGAAAGUAUAGAGAACGUGAGCAGCAGAAGAAGCAGAAGGACUGUCUGA